AUGACUGAAAUUCUCUUUGUAGGAGCAAAAUCAUGUGGAAAAACAUUGCUUAUCAAGAGACUCCAAAUUCUUACAGACCAAAGAAGGUUAACUCCAUUUGAUGAAAUUCCAUCAACUAACCCAACAGAAGGAAUUGAUACACAAAAUUUCAAGUAUCAUCGUGAUAGCUUCGUUUUCAAAGAGCUUUCUGGUGAUAGUAUUCAACAGUGGGAAUCAAAUGCUCGCACAGCAAAGGCAAUAGUUUAUGUUUUUGAUUCUGCUGAUUUGACAAAAACAGCUACAAAUAUAGUUUGGCUAAAUGAAGUUCUUCAAAGCCAUGUUACAGAAAAUAAGCCAAUUAUGAUUGUUUUAAGUAAAUGCGAUGUACCUGACUGCAUUAGAUUCAAUGUAAUUGAUGAUAUUAUCGGAUUUGACCGUGUUCCAAAUCCAUCUCGCUUAUCCUUCCUAGAAACCAGCUCUGUUGUUGGAGUUGGCUUAAGUGAAAUUUUCCACUGGCUUUCAGAUCUAUCCAAAUAA